CAGGUCCAUGUCAUAAAGUCCUUGCCUGUUCACCUGCCUGAGUGACCGUCUGUAAGUUAUCUAUUUUCGUCAUUAAACCUCACCAUGAUGCAGCUUCCAUCUUCCUGCUUGCGCUUUGGUCCUGCUCAAUACCAGCCGAACGUGGCACUGUCUCUCUGUCUAUGCUCAGGCUCAUGUGGUUGGUUUUCCUGGGAUUAAUUGACGCGACAGCCUCCGGGUUUAUCUGCUUCUAUGUGACCGGCCUUAUAUCCACAGCGGCUUCCAUACACAUGCUGCGUGCCCUCCGAGGAGCAAGAAGUGGACCUUGACAGCGAGAGAGAAAGAAAGAGAGGGAGAGGGGCCAAAUGUGAGAGACUGAUCAGCCACAGCAGGGCAGAGCAGAUUUCGGAGAGGCUUUUUUUUAAAUCCCCCUCUUUAUGCUUCUCGGAUCACAAACUGUCCCAGACUUCAUAUAAACAUGCACCUUUUGGGAAUAUCUCUGUUUCUGGCGUAUUUGCUGUACUCUAACCUGGCCAGCGACUUCAGCACCAGAGACUAUGAUGAGUACUCGGAGCAGGAGCCGAUGGACGAGCCGGAGACUUUACCAAAGCCAGACAUGGAGCAGAAGCUACGUUCAGCCUCCAGUGUAGAUGAACUGAUGAGUCUGAUCUAUCCUUCAUACUGGGCUGCUCUGAAGUGCAGAUCCAAACUUUCUGCUGCGGCCCCCUUAGCUACCAAAUUCAUUCAGCGGCCAGCUGCUGAUGUACAGGAGCCAACAUACGCUGCUGCCUACCUCAACUUUGAUAUCCUUAAAAGUAUAGAGUUGGAGUGGAGGAAAACUCAAUGCAUGCCAAGAGAAGUGUGUAUUGAUGUGGGCAGGGAGUUCGGGGCUCCCACCAACGUCUUCUAUAAGCCACCGUGUGUGUCUGUAUAUAGGUGUGGAGGAUGCUGCCCUUCUGAGGACAAACAAUGCAGAAAUAUCUCCACUGGUUACCUUAGCAAAACUCUCUUUGAAAUCACAGUGCCACUCACCCAAGGCACUAAACCUGUUACCAUCAGCGUGGCCAACCACACCCAGUGCAGCUGUCUCUCCAAACUGGACAUUUACAGACAGGUUCACAGCAUCAUCAGACGAGCCCUACCAGAGUGCCCAAUAGCCAACAGGACAUGUCCUCCUGGUCAGAUGUGGAGCAUCAAGCAGUGUCAGUGUGUCAGAAUGGCUCCCAAUGUGCAACCUACGCCCCUUCCUCCACCACUGCUUCAUUUAAGACCACCUAGGCAGCACCAUGACAUAUUGUCAUCAGAUGUGUGUGGCCCAGAUAAGGAGCUAGAUGUGGAAAGCUGUCAAUGUGUAUGUCAUCUUGAAAAUCCAACUCAUGACUGUGGGCCUAACCGACACAUGGACCGAAACACUUGCCAAUGCGUUUGCAACAUGCUGCCUGUUCCAUCCUGCCCCCUUAACCACAUCUUCAACAAAGAGACCUGUCAAUGCACAUGUAAUAAAACAUGUCCGAGGCACCAGCCCCUAAACAAGACAAAAUGCGCCUGUGAAUGUAAUGAAACACCAAACAAGUGUUUCCUGAAAGGCAGAAGGUUUCACCAAGCAACAUGCAGUUGUGUUAGGCCACCAUGUGAGGUGAGGAAACGGAAGUGUGAAGCAGGUUUCUUCUUCAGUGAGGAGUUGUGUCGCUGUGUUCCCUCCCAUUGGAGACGGUUGGACUAAAAUCUGGAACAUAAGCUACCAUCAAGAUGCAAACUUAAAGAGUUGAAUACAUCACCUAUCACAUGUAGACUUGCGGGUCAACAGCAUUCUUUUUAGCCAUGGUGGCAGCUAAGUAGGUGGAUUUUGAUACACUUGGGGAAACCGUUGGGAGUGGAAUGCAAAUAUGGGAAAUUGGACAUAGAAAGUUGAGAAAUGCACUGAUUUUCUUUUGAGGACAUUUAAUUGGAUAAUGAAUGACAGGAUGGGAGGAAGAAUUGCAGAAGAAAGAGUAAACACUUUUGUUAAAUAAUGUGUUUUAAAAUAUUUGGAAAUUAAUUAUGUCUCAGUAUUCUGACGUGAAAAAUUUAUAUUAUUUAUUAAAUGCUAUUUUCAUCUUUCGUUUAUUGCAAUUUCUGUAUUUUUUUUAAAAGUACACUGUGAUCAAUAUUUUUGUAUCAUGUAUGUCGAGUAUAUAUGUAAAAUGAAGUAUCCUGGAUGUUGUAUAUCUUUUACUGUGUGCUGUAGUAAUAAAUUAGUUCUUUGUGGUAGGAGUUUUCCACAUUGAUA